GUGUCAUCCAGAAUUGUCAUGGGCCAUUGAGGUUCUCAUAUUUCAAAGGAGCUACAGGGUUCCAGUUACAUUACUGAUAUGACUAAAACCUUUUUGGAAGUGAUGGAAAGAAAUGCAACAUGGUAUCUAGUGGAUAGUCGUUGGUUCAAACAGUGGAAAAAAUAUGUUGGGUUUGACAGCUGGGACAAAUACCAGAUGGGAGAUCAGAAUGUGUACCCUGGCCCUAUUGAUAAUUCUGGACUCCUCAAAGAUGGUGACUCUCAGUCUCUUAAGGAGCAUCUCAUUGAUGAGCUGGACUAUAUCCUUUUGCCAACUGAAGGCUGGAAUAAACUAGUUAGCUGGUACACAUUGAUGGAAGGUCAGGAGCCAAUAGCACGCAAGGUGGUUGAACAGGGCAUGUUUGUAAAGCACUGCAAAGUAGAAGUAUAUCUCACGGAAUUAAAACUUUGUGAAAAUGGAAAUAUGAACAAUGUUGUAACACGAAGAUUUAGUAAAGCUGAUACAAUAGAUACAAUUGAAAAAGAAAUAAGAAAAAUCUUCAAUAUUCCAAGUGAAAAAGAGACCAGAUUGUGGAACAAAUACAUGAGUAAUACAUUUGAACCAUUGAAUAAACCAGAUAGUACCAUACAGGAUGCUGGUUUAUACCAGGGCCAGAUACUGGUGAUAGAACAAAAAAAUGAAGAUGGAACAUGGCCAAGAGGUCCUUCUACUCCUAAGUCCCCAGGUGCAUCCAAUUUUUCAACUUUACCAAAGAUCUCUCCAUCUCUAUCAAAUAAUUAUAACAACAUCAACAACAGAAAUGUGAAAAAUUCCAAUUAUUGCCUCCCAUCAUACACUGCUUAUAAGAACUAUGAUUACUCAGAGCCAGGAAGACACAAUGAGCAACCUGGGCUUUGUGGCCUAAGUAACUUGGGAAAUACAUGUUUCAUGAACUCUGCAAUACAGUGUCUGAGCAACACCCCUCCACUUACAGAAUACUUCCUCAAUGAUAAGUAUCAGGAAGAACUGAAUUUUGACAAUCCUUUAGGAAUGAGAGGUGAAAUUGCAAAAUCUUAUGCAGAGCUCAUCAAGCAAAUGUGGUCAGGAAAAUACAGCUAUGUCACACCAAGGGCGUUUAAGACACAAGUAGGACGAUUUGCACCUCAGUUUUCUGGAUAUCAGCAACAGGAUUGUCAAGAACUCUUAGCUUUUCUCUUAGAUGGUUUACAUGAGGAUUUGAAUCGGAUUAGGAAAAAGCCUUAUAUUCAAUUAAAGGAUGCAGAUGGGAGGCCAGACAAGGUGGUUGCUGAAGAAGCCUGGGAAAACCAUCUAAAAAGAAAUGAUUCCAUCAUUGUAGAUAUAUUUCAUGGCCUUUUUAAAUCCACUCUAGUUUGUCCUGAAUGUGCGAAGAUUUCAGUAACCUUCGAUCCCUUUUGUUACCUGACACUUCCAUUACCCAUGAAAAAAGAGCGCACUUUGGAAGUUUAUUUAGUUAGAAUGGAUCCACUUGCUAAACCUAUGCAGUACAAAGUAGUUGUUCCAAAAAUUGGAAAUAUAACGGACCUUUGCACAGCCCUGUCAGCUUUGUCUGGUGUUGCUGCAGAUAAGAUGAUAGUUACUGAUAUAUACAAUCAUAGGUUUCACCGAAUAUUUGCCAUGGAUGAAAAUCUGAGUAGUAUUAUGGAACGCGAUGACAUCUAUGUGUUUGAAAUUGCCAUCAACAGAACAGAGGAUACUGAGCAAGUAAUAAUUCCAGUUUGUUUAAGGGAAAAGUACAGACACACUGGUUACAGCCACCAUAGUGGUUCUUCACUGUUUGGUCAACCUUUUCUUAUAGCAGUGCCUAGAAACAAUACUGAAGAUAAACUGUACAACCUUCUGCUGUUAAGAAUGUGCCGAUAUGUAAAAACAGGUACUGAAAGUGAAGACACUGAUGGAUCCCUACAUUGCUGUAAAGACCAUGGUAUCAAUGGUAAUGGCCCAAAUGGGAUACAUGAAGAAGGAUCCCCAAGUGAAAUGGAGACAGAUGAACAAGAUGAUGAAUCCAGCCAGGAUCAGGAACUUCCUUCAGAGAAUGAAAACAGCCAGUCAGAAGACUCAGUUGGAGGCGACAAUGAUUCUGAAAAUGGAUUAUGUACUGAGGACACUUGCAAAGGACAACCACUCACGGGGCACAAAAAAAGAUUGUUUACAUUCCAGUUCAAUAAUUUAGGCAAUACUGACAUCAAUUAUAUUAAAGAUGAUACCAGGCACAUUAGAUUUGAGGAUAGGCAAUCUAGGCUUGAUGAAAGAUCUUUCCUUGCCUUGGAUUGGGAUCCUGAAUUGAAAAAAAGAUACUUUGAUGAUAAUGCAGCUGAGGACUUUGAAAAACAUGAAAGUGUGGAAUAUAAACCUCCGAAAAAACCCUAUGUGAAAUUAAAAGAUUGCAUUGAACUGUUCACAACAAAGGAAAAACUAGGUGCUGAAGAUCCAUGGUAUUGUCCAAAUUGUAAAGAACAUCAACAAGCAACCAAAAAGUUAGAUUUGUGGUCGUUGCCUCCAGUUCUGGUAGUGCAUCUAAAGCGCUUUUCUUACAGCAGAUACAUGAGGGACAAGUUGGAUACGUUGGUUGAUUUUCCAAUAAAUGACUUGGAUAUGUCAGAAUUCCUUAUUAAUCCAAAUGCAGGGCCUUGCCGCUAUAAUUUGAUUGCUGUGUCCAACCACUAUGGAGGAAUGGGAGGAGGGCAUUAUACUGCUUUUGCAAAAAAUAAGGAUGAUGGAAAAUGGUACUACUUCGAUGAUAGUAGUGUGUCAACUGCAUCUGAGGACCAAAUAGUGUCCAAAGCAGCAUAUGUGCUCUUCUACCAGAGACAGGACACUAUCAGUGGAACUGGCUUUUUCCCUCUUGACCGGGAAACUAAACAAGGUGCUUCAGCUGCCACAGGCAUCCCAUUAGAGAGUGAUGAAGACAGCAAUGAAAAUGACAAUGAUAUAGAAAAUGAAAAUUGUAUGCAUACUAACUAAUGGAAGAUCUAGAAGCCAUAAAAGAGACUUUCUUAUUGGAGAUACCUAUUGAAAAAGUGAAAUUGCCCACCAAAUUAAAAAUAAAAUCUGAGAUGGGGAGUUUCAGAUAACAGAAUGUAAAUCAUUUAUUACAUUUUAACAUGUGAAGUACUUGAAGUGAAACACAAUAAAACUUUAACAGAAA